CGAUCUCUGAUCCUCUUUGCUCCAGACCAUCGUGAAGUGUCACUAGCCGCGAUUGAGCGCAUAUCCAAAGCUCGACUGACGACACUAGGCGCAAAUACGUUUUCGCUUCCCGAGCUUACGGCGACAAAUUAUCGAGAGACGGUGUUCCAAUUCGGCAACACGACGGAGUUUCGCAAUAACCUCGUGUCCGUCCCAACCACCACCACGACGGGGACCGUGUGCCAUCUGCAACCGCUUUUGCCCACUGUGAAGAAUGGCCAGAAAUGGUGCCUCAGUGACAUCAAAGAUCCUCGUUGGGAACUCAAUCGUCUGCCGACGAGCAGCGGGAAUGGACCCGGCGGAGGCUCGCUGGUGAAUGUUGCGCUGGAGAAUACGCGCGACCCGAGAUUCAAUCCCGCUGAGGGUUUCUGCUACGAUCAAGUAUGCUCAGGAUAUCAGGUGCCGAGACAAUUCGUUCCUGUGCAGGAGAACGGCAACGGCAGGGAGCUGGACUAUCCGAAGUUGACGCGACCGCCACUGAGAGGUUUUCGGGAUGAGGACAGUGAAAGGUCUCCGAUAAGGGGACCCCAACAUCAACAUGGACUGGACGAUGCCAGCGGGCAUACAAGUUCCGAAGGAGGCAGCAGCCCAGAACGCUGGGAGCAAAGACGCUCCAACAUCAAAGAUGAAGCUGAAGGUCCGGCGCCGUCGUACGUCACAUCAUGCGCUCCAGUGGCCACCGUUACCAGUGGUCCCGGAGGAUCCCACUUUUGUGCCAUUUGCGGAGACCGUGCCACGGGGAAACACUACGGUGCUUCGAGCUGCGACGGAUGCAAAGGAUUCUUCCGAAGAUCGGUCCGAAAAAAUCACCAGUACACCUGCCGCUUCCAUCGGAACUGUGUCAUCGACAAAGAUAAACGCAACCAAUGUCGCUACUGCAGACUGAGGAAAUGCUUCCGCGCCGGAAUGCGCAAAGAAGCUGUACAAAAUGAGCGUGAUCGAAUCAGUUGCCGCCGUCCGAGUUACGAGGACACCGGUGCUUUAGCUGCUCAAGGUUUAAGUCUCCAAUGCCUGGUCACCGCCGACAUCCACUCUAGGAACAACAGCGCGGGCUACGAACACGACCAAGAUAUCCAAACGAAAAAAAUCGCGAAGCUAGGCGAUGUUUGCGACUCCAUGAAGCAACAGCUCCUCGUUCUGGUCGAGUGGGCGAAAAGUCUGCCGUGUUUUUCGGAGCUGCAUCUAGACGAUCAGGUCGCACUGCUCAGAGCGCACGCAGGCGAGCACCUCCUCCUGGGCGUAGCGCGACGUUCAAUGGCUGUCAAGGACGUCCUACUGUUGGGUAACGAUUUUCUCAUGCCGAGGAAUACUCCGCAAGAAGCCGACCUGUCCUGCAUCGGAGCCCGCGUAAUGGAUGAGCUGAUUAUUCCUCUGAGGGAAGUCCACGUGGACGACACCGAAUUCGCUUGCCUGAAAGCCAUCGUAUUCUUCGAUCCGAAUGCUCGCGGUCUCAGCGAGCCGAACAAAAUCAAGGCUCUGCGACAUCAAGUUCAAACUUGUCUCGAGGACUACAUAAACGAUAGACAGUACGACUCUCGAGGCCGAUUCGGGGAGAUCCUGCUCCUGCUACCGACUCUCCUAUCGAUCACGCGGCAGAUGAUUGAGAUGAUUCAAAUGGCCAAGACAUUAAACAACGCUCGCGUCGACUCGCUUCUGCAGGAAAUGCUUUUGGGGGGAUUCGUUGGUCCCAACGCCUAUCAUUAUCAAUCGAACUCGGCCUACGGAUCUAACAUGGAGCCGUGUCUCACAUCACCGCAUAUCGCACAGACGAUGAGUAAUCAUAUUCCGCCGCAACAACAACAACAGCAACAAGGAAUGCCCAUGGAAACCUCGAGCACAGUACCGAAUUCGGCAUCCCAGUCUCAACAGAGAGGUCAGGAUCCCGCGAUGGAAUGAUGCUCGGGCGAAGGCAGAAGAGACUGCAGACGAAGCAUUCUCGCGAGAUAAGGGAAGAUAUCUUGGUCCACCCGAGUUCUGUCAGAAAUCUCACUGGCGCCAUCAACUCUACGAAACUUAUUCGUCUCUGUCUCCACAAGUUCGUUAGCUGACAGUUCUGUUCGACCCGCUCCUCGAAACCCCCCCCCCUCUUGGAAGAGCCGAAAAUUCAAGGGAGAGCCUCGGUUUCUAAGGGAGUGAUGAAGGAAGAAUGAUUUACCGGUCGAGUCAGACGACGGUGGAGCCCCGUGAUCCUAUCAUGAAUAUUUAGGCGAUCACUAUGAGGGAACGACGAUAUACGAAAAAAUCGAUUCUGAAUGAAACAAUGAUUUCGACCUGGAAUGGGAUGAUUCCAGCUCAUGCGAUGAGGUCGACUGCGAACGAUGAGUUCCCAGACAAGAAGUUCCAUGAUCUUCGUACGACGUGGUUCAUCACGAUUCUCUCCCCUUAGUAACGGAAUUCCGGAAUGAGCAGUUAGCUCAUGAUCAAUAGAUGACUUAUAUACAUUUUACAAUUGAAGAAGAGCAGCUUUUCUAAGGAAUAUACUUCGAGGUGUGGAAAUGCUGGCUAUCGGAUAACUUCUACAGGAAGUUGUGUUCGCAGCAUCGGAUUAUUCGUGCAUUUGUAAUUCGGGAUGCCGUAUAGAGUGAAUAAAUCA